AUGCCUCGCAAGCCAGCUCCCGCCUACGUGCUAGGCGUCGGGAUGACCAAGUUCAUCAAGCCACGCGGCAAGGUGGACUACCAUGAACUUGGGUUCGAGGCGGGCAUCAAAGCCAUGCUGGACGCCCAGAUCAACUACGACGAUGUCGACCAGGGCGUCGCCUGCUACUGCUACGGCGAUUCCACCUGCGGCCAGCGCGUCUUCUACCAAUUCGGCAUGACCCAGAUCCCCAUAUACAACGUCAACAACAACUGCUCCACGGGCUCGACCGGUCUAAACAUGGCCAGACAAGCCAUCGCCUACGGUGCCGCCGACUGCGUCCUCGUCAUCGGCUUCGAGAAAAUGUCCCCCGGCAGUCUCCAAGCAUACUUCAACGACCGCGAGAACCCCACUUCCACCACGAACGCCAUGAUGAAGGCCACGCGCGGAAUCACAAAUGCCCCGGGCGCUGCUCAGCUCUUUGGCAACGCCGGUCGCGAGUACAUGGAGAAGUACGGCGCAAAGGCUGAAGACUUUGCCGAGAUUGCCCGUGUCAACCACGAGCACAGCAAGAGGAACCCGUACUCGCAGUUCAAGGAUGAAUACACGCUCGAACAAAUCAUGAAAUCCCCCAUGAUCCACCCUCCCUUGACAAAGCUCCAGUGCUGCCCGACCUCGGACGGCGGCGCCGCCGUGGUGGUCGUCUCCCAGGAGUUCCUCGACAAGCGACCUCACCUCAAGUCCCAGGCCGUCUUGAUCGCCGGCCAACAGCUCGCCACCGACUCGCCAGAUCUGUUCAGCCGCUCCAGCAUGGAUCUCGUCGGAUAUCAAAUGUCCGUCUUCGCCGGCAAACGCGCACUGGAUGAGGCAGGCAUUACCCCCAACGAUGUCCAAGUUGUCGAGGUGCACGACUGCUUCAGCGCCAACGAGAUGUGCGUGAUUGAUGCUCUGGGACUGUGCCCCAAGGGUAAAGCCCACGAGCUCGUUCGGAACGGCGACAUCACCUAUGGAGGAAAAUAUGUCAUCAACCCUUCUGGAGGUCUCAUUUCCAAGGGUCACCCGCUAGGAGCCACCGGCCUCGCCCAAUGCGCCGAAUUGACAUGGCACCUGCGCGGCUGGGCCAACAACCGGCUCGUCAAGGACACCAAGUACUGCCUACAACACAACCUGGGGCUGGGCGGCGCCGUCGUCGUGACCGUCUACAAGCGCGCCGACGGCAAGGCGGCCUCCCCGGUCUCGGACGAAGCAGUAGGCCGCCUCAACGGCCUGGGAUACAACCCGGCCACCGAGGCCAAGGGCUUCACGACCGAGCAGGUUCGAAGGACCGUCAGCCAGAAGCAGUUUUCGGAUUGGGCCGUGCAGGAUGUGCAGAGCAAAGUCCAGGCCCGGUUUUAA